AUGAAGUUUGGGAAAACCUUCUUGACCCACCAGAUCCCAGAAUGGUCGGUGUGUUAUAUGAACUAUAAGCAUCUUAAGAAGAUCAUCAAGAAUAUUGACCAACAAUUGGAGUAUAUUGACACCGUGAAGGUUGAUGUUCCAAGUUUUAUAACCACUAUUCUUUCGGAAUACUUUUUCGAACUCGAUAGGGAUAUUGAAAAGGUCAAUGAGUUCUACAAUAAACAGUACAAGGAAUAUAGUCGUCGGUUAGAUAAGGUGGUUGCAGUCGUUGGAUACAAAGAUGGCAAGAUCAGUCAUCAGAUAGAGUCUUCUGACGAGUUGGAUGAAAUCAUUUCCAUCCUUAUGGAAUUAAGAUCCAUUUACCGAAACUUGAAAUGGUUUGGUGAAUUGAACCACAAAGGUUUUGUCAAGAUCUUGAAGAAAUUGGAUAAAAAGCUAGAAAAGUUGGCUCAGGCCACAAAUCUGGAACUUGGAAAUAACCUGGUGACUCUUCCAGUGAACAAUAAGGAGAACUAUCUUUCCACUCGUGUCAAUGCCUUACCAUUUGCAAACCAGUCUGGAUUGUUAAGUGGACUUGAUAUGAUCAACAAUCUCCUCAAUGACUUGGGUGCUCAGCACAUUGUCACCACCGGCUCCACCAACCAGGCACAAGCUAUUGCGUUGUCUACUUCUGUGGACCAGGUAUUCCUUCAAGAAUAUAACGAUAUUAUUCAACGCGAUGACGCCGAGGCACUUUUGGAUCAGCUACUGGAGGCUCCUCAGCAGAGGAAAAACCUCAAGUACAUGAUUUCGUUGUUGAAUCGGGCAACGCUUUCAAAUGCCUUAAAGUGUAUUGAUUUUUUGAUUGAGUACUUGUUGGAAUUGACCCAUUCAAGAAACAUCAAUGUGCAAAAUGCAUUGUAUGACAAAUUUGACAUUAGUGGCAGGAACUUUUUCCACCAACAUGUUGUGAGUUUGGGUAAGCGCCAGGUGAUCAAAGAACAGAAGCAGAUGACUCCAGGUGAAUCAACGGAUGUUAGCAGACUUUAUGGUAAUGAAAGUGGACCAGAUGGUAGCCAGCUUCGUCCGGUUCAAGUCAAUGGCUUGUGUCAUAUAUUGAACCAUAUUGAGUCCAGAGACAUUCUCCAGAAUGAACUCGGCAAGUUAUUGAUUGCCAAGGAUAAUUAUGCCAGAACCCCAUUACACUAUGCCGCUCAGUAUGGUUUGAAGGAUGUUUCAAAGAUUUUGCUUGAAUAUCUCUACAAAUGGAAACUUAUCAACAGCAAUGUGCCAAUUGAUAACCAUGAAAUGUGGUGCGAUCAAGAAGGUUUGACUCCAUUGCAUUUGUCUAUUAUUGGAAAGCAUCCUAUGACCACUGACAACUUAAUCAUUUAUAGUCGGUCUCAUUUGUCUUGUCCAAGUUUGCUUCUUUUGGCAGUUCGUUUGAACUCACCAGAGAUAUUGGUCAACUUGAUUCGCAAGGGCAAAAUCGAUGUGAAUUAUACCGAUCUCGAGCACAACAACGAAACUGCGUUGUAUAUUGCGGCCAAGCAUAAUUAUGUGGAGGUGGUUGAAUUUCUUCUUUCUGAGAGAGCUAAUACUGAAAUUGGUGAAAAUGUUUUUGGUUGGACCCCAAUUUUCGUAGCCGCUUCUGAAGGUUAUAAAGAGGUGGUACAAUUGCUUACUGACGCAGAAUGCAAGAUCGACAUUGUUGAUGACUCUGGUUGGUUGCCCAUGGAACAUGCCACUUUGAGAGGUCAUUUGGAUGUGGCAGACAUGUUGAAGCCCAAGAAUGAAGCCUUACUUCUUUACGAUAUUGACAAUCAGGCGAAUAACUUGCAACGGAUUCCUAACAGCUCUUUAAGCCCUACCCAUAACAAUGAUAGUACUGAAGAAUUUGCAUUGUCAACUACAAGUGUUGAUAGACUUCCGGAAUCCAACAAAUCUGCGGUUACUGAAGUAUACAAACAACUCCGCCAGUUGGAAGGUACUAAUGGCCGUGCAAGUUCAAGGUCAAAAUCACCCAUGAGCAGACGUAAGGCAAAGCCCAUCAAGUCUUUCGGACAUAGAUAUUUGGCACCUGAAGAACAAUUGGUUCUUAUUACAUUGGGUACUACCGAUUUAAGAGACGAUAGGGAACCCGUUGAACUUAACAAGAUCUCCAUGACAAAAAGCUUGUUUACAGAACUUGAUACUGCCUUGUCUUUGGUUAUUACUUGUCGGACUCGCAGCAAUAAUGUUGAAGUGGAACCACCAGUGGUUGUUGAUCUUCCUCUUGAAGAUCACCAUGGAAGCGCUACUGAUCCUAUCACGUUCCAAUUGCUACGAAAGACAAACAUGAACGAUAUCAUUGUCACGUUUGAUAUUGUUCCAACUUAUCAGUACUCGAAUGCUCCAAUUGCAGUAAACCAUCCUUUGCGGAAAGAUCAAAAGAUUUUGGGACGUGCUGUUGCUCUCUUGAGCUCUGCUUACACUGGAGUGGGUCCUCAUCUUCGCUCAUUGAACAAUAGUAUCACCAGUCCAAUUAUUGAGUCUGACUCGUUGGAUAUCUUGGGUUCGGUGAGAUUUGAGUACAUGUUUAUCAGUCCUUUUGAACAUUCAGCUAUGAAGUUGUCGAGAAGUGAUACUUACUGGAAACAGUUGGUGUCUACCAGAGUCAUCGGACAUCGUGGAUUGGGUAAGAAUGUCAGCAAUAAGAAGUCUUUGCAAUUGGGAGAAAAUACUGUGGAAUCCUUUAUCGCAGCAGCAUCAUUGGGAGCGUCUUAUGUUGAAUUUGACGUUCAAUUGACCAAGGAUUUCGUGCCAGUGAUUUAUCAUGAUUUCACAGUUGCUGAGUCUGGUGUUGAUAUCCCCAUGCACGCUCUUACUGCUGAGCAGUUUUUGAAUUUGCAUGAGGAAGACGAGCGGAUUAUCAAAGAAAAGAACAAGAAAUCAUUGAAGGAGAAGAUAGUUAAUGGAUCGAACGACAAGCAGGUCAAGUUUAAAGCCAACUAUUCCCUUGAUGAUGAGAUGUUAAGCAAGCUUAAUCGUCCUCGUUCAAUGUCUUCGUAUCCAUCGGCGCCAGAUUUCAAGCCAGUCCAUGAGCAUUUUGAUGACGAUGAAGAUGACGAUUUAGACAGAGAGGUCAAAGAGCAUUUCAAUCGUCGUAUGAAAUUGACAAAGACAUGGAAGGAUAAAGGAUUUAAAGGUAACGCUCGAGGUCUUUCGAUUGCCUCCAACUUUGUCACCUUGAAAGAUUUGUUUAAGAAAUUGCCCAAAAACGUAGGGUUCAAUAUUGAAAUCAAGUACCCUAUGUUGGAUGAGGCUGAGAAAGAAAGUAUGGGAGAGAUAGCCAUCGAAUUAAACAUGUAUGUGGACACCAUUUUGAAGACAGUUUACGAUGAGAAUCUCACUGGCAGAGAUAUCAUUUUCUCCUCGUUCCACCCAGAUGUCUGUAUGUUACUUUCAUUGAAACAGCCUACGAUUCCCAUUUUGUUCUUGACAGAAGCUGGAACCCAGCCAAUGGCAGAUAUUCGGGCUUCAUCGCUCCAAAAUGCCAUUAGAUUCGCCAAGAAAUGGAAUCUCUUGGGUAUAGUCAGUGCUGCCAAAACCUUGGUCAAGACUCCUCGGUUGACCCAAGUUGUCAAGUCGUCUGGACUUGUGUGCGUUACCUACGGUGUGGAGAACAAUUCUCCCGAAUUGGCCAAGAUACAAAUGAAAGCCGGUGUAGAUGCGGUUAUUGCCGAUAGCGUGUUGGCGGUUAGAGAAGGGUUGAUUGGUGGGCUGACAAAGGAAGAUAGUCCGGAAGAAGCCUGA